CGUGAGGUUUUGUGUAGUUUCCGGUGCCGGGAGCCGCAGCUGUGGAGCCAUGGGAAAGGCAGAUUUCCUCACCCCAAAGGCGAUCGCCAACCGUAUCAAAUCAAAGGGGCUACAGAAGCUGCGAUGGUACUGCCAGAUGUGCCAGAAGCAGUGCCGGGACGAGAAUGGCUUCAAAUGUCACUGCAUGUCCGAGUCCCACCAGAGACAGCUGCUUCUUGCGUCUGAAAACCCUCAGCAGUUUAUGGAUUACUUUUCCAUUGAAUUUCGCACAGAAUUUUUGGAGCUUCUUAAAAGACGCUUUGGAACAAAACGGGUACACAAUAACAUUAUAUACAAUGAGUACAUCAGUCAUAGAGAACACGUCCACAUGAAUGCCACACAGUGGGAGACACUAACAGACUUUACCAAGUGGCUGGGCAGAGAAGGUUUCUGUAAAGUGGAUGAAACUCCAAAGGGCUGGUACAUUCAGUACAUAGACCGGGACCCAGAAACCAUCAAGAGACAAGAAGAACUAGAGAAAAAGAAAAAACAGGAUCUGGAUGAUGAAGAGAGGGCUGCUAGAUUUAUCGAAGAGCAAGUAAAAAGAGGCAAGAGUGAGAAAGAGGAGGAGACUCCUGUCUACACAGAAUUAAACCGAGAAAAUGAGGAGGAAAAAGUGGUAUUCAAUUUUGGCAAAGGAGCAAGUACAUCAGGGGCAUCCUCUUCCAAGGCCAGUACUUCACUAGCAUCUAAUGCACUGAAAUCCACAGCAGUGACUGGGCCUGUAAAAAGGAAAGAUCCUACCCAGAGCCAAACCAAAGAGAAGAAAAAGAAAUCCGCUCUUGAUGAAAUCAUUGAGAUGGAAGAGAAGAAGAAGCAAACAGAAAGAACAGACUUCUGGUUACAGCCGGAGAUUGUUGUUAAAAUUAUAACAAAGAAGUUGGGAGAAAAAUAUUACAAGAAAAAAGCUGUAAUAAAGGAGGUGAUAGAUAGAUAUACAGCAGUAGUGAAGCUAAUUGAUUCUGGCGACAAACUGAAGUUGGAUCAGACACAUCUAGAAACGGUUAUUCCUGCUCCAGGGAAGCAAGUUUUAGUUUUAAAUGGGGGAUACAAAGGAAAUUUCGGCAUCCUGGAAAGCAUAAAUGAGAAAAAGUUUUCUGCUACAAUAGUCAUUGACUCGGGCCCAUUGAAAGGCCGAAAGGUGGACAGCCUCCCAUAUGAAGAUUUUUCCAAGGUGGCAUGAUAAAUGGGACAAUUUGUACCAGAAACAUACAAAACUCUACUGUGUCAGGGUUUUCAUAGAUUGUAAAUGUUAAUAGAGAACUCACUGAGGAGUAUGGGCUGCUAGGUGCAGCUUGAUUCGCUCUACUUUGCAGGCUUCUAUAUCUUCUCUUGGUAUCUUCCUUACAGUUGGAUUUCCAAAAAAUUACUUUUGGGAUAUCCCAAAAAUAAAGUUAUUUUUACAA